AUGCCGAUCAGCCGCAGAGUUCUGACGCCGGUCGCUGCCGUUCCGGUUAUCUUAGCUGUGGUUACCUUCUUCUUCUGGUCAUGGAUCAUCGGACCGGAGGAGAUAAAAGGCUCGAAACACAUCCUCCAACUGGCUAAGACCAUUCCUCUUCCCGGAGCAGCUGGACCAGAGAGCUUAGACUUCGAUCCAAAUGGUGAAGGUCCUUACGUUGGUGUCACCGACGGUCGCAUCCUCAAAUGGCGCGGUGAAGAACUCGGUUGGGUUGAGUUUGCCUACACUUCUCCUCACAGAGGAAACUGUUCGAGCGAUAAGGUUGUACCAAGUUGUGGGAGGCCGUUGGGACUAAGCUUCCAUAAGAAAACAGGAGAUUUGUACAUUUGUGAUGGUUACUUUGGGGUCAUGAAAGUCGGACCAGAGGGAGGUUUGGCCGAGUUAGUUGUUAGUGAAGUCGAUGGUCGUAAAAUAAUGUUUGCAAACCAAAUGGAUAUAGACGAAGAAGAAGAUGCUUUCUACUUCAAUGAUAGCAGCGAUAAGUACCACUUCGGGGACGUAUUCUAUGUGUCUUUAUCCGGUGAGAAGACGGGAAGAGUGAUUAGAUACGAUAUGAAGAAGAAAGAAGCCAAAGUUAUAAUGGACAAACUUCAUUUACCCAAUGGUUUAACUCUAAGCAAAGACGGAUCAUUUGUAGUCACCUGCGAAAGCGGUACGUUCACUCUACAUAGAAUAUGGGUCAAAGGUCCUAAAGCCGGGACCAACGAGGUUUUUGGGAAGGUCCAUAAGGGUUUAAUGGACAAUAUCAGGCGCACGCCUACUGGCGAUUUUUGGGUCGCAUUACAUUGCAAACUCACUUUGUUCACUGAUGUGGUUUUUAUUCACCCUUGGGUCGGGAAGUUUUUCAUGAAGACGUUAAAUAUGGAAACUAUAGUUUAUCUCAGUAACGGAGGGAAACCUCAUGGAGUCGCCGUGAAAGUCUCCGGGGAGACGGGAGAGAUUCUCGAGAUACUCGAGGACAGUGAAGGGACAACAAUGAAGUACGUUAGUGAAGUUUAUGAGAGAGAUGAUGGAAAGAUAUGGUUCGGUUCUGUUUUUUGGCCGGCCGUUUGGGUUCUUGAUACAUCGGUCGUCUAUGAUCGCAAAUAA